AUGAACGGCCCUGCUCCGGCCAUCGACAUCACAAAGCUACCAAAGCUUCCGCGCAUGGGACCGAAGCCACGAUCCAAGGUACUGGACAUAGUUCUGCCAAUAGCAUCCGGAGCGUUCGUCCUCACCUUAGGUGCCAUUGUUCUCCUAGUGCUUCGGAGACGUUUCCGGUACGCCGAGCUGCGAGAGGAUUGGGAGGUCGAGUUUGGUCCACAGCGGUUCUCGUACAAGGAUCUGUACCGUGCAACAGAAGGUUUCAGCGACACGCACCUGCUAGGAAUUGGAGGAUUUGGGAGGGUGCACAGGGGCAUCCUUCCGGUGUCUAGAAUGGAGGUUGCUGUGAAGAAGGUUGCACACGACCCCAAGCAGGGCAUCAAGGAAUUCAUCUCGGAGGUCGUGAGCAUAGGACGUCUUCAACACCGCAAUCUUGCGCCAUUGCUUGGCUACUGCCGACGAAGAGGCGAAUUGUUUCUGGUGUACGAGUACAUGCCAAAUGGGAGCGUUGACAAGUACUUGCACGGCAGAGAAGACAAACCCAUUUUGAAUUGGGCUCAAAGGUGGCACAUCAUCAAAGGCAUUGCAUCAUGCUUGGUCUACCUUCAUGAAGAGUGGGAGAAAGUGGUUAUCCACCGCGACAUCAAAGCCAGUAACGUCCUCCUCGAUGGUGGCAUGAAUGGAAGACUUGGUGACUUUGGCCUUGCAAGGUUGUACGACCACGAUGCCGACCCGCAAACCACACACGUGGUGGGAACCAUAGGAUACCUAGCUCCUGAGCUAGGGCAUACUAGCAAAGCGACACCUCUCACCGAUGUGUUUGCCUUUGGAGUGUUUGUUCUUGAAGUUACUUGUAGGCAGAGGCCCGUCAACCCAAACUUAGAGGAUAGACAAGUAUUGUUGGUCGAAUCGGUGCUCGACCAGUGGAACAAGGGAUCGCUCCUUGAUCCCGUGGAUAAGCAGCUUGGGGGCAACUACAACGCCGACGAGGCAUGUGUGGCUCUAAAGCUGGGCCUGCUAUGCUCUCACCCAUUCGCCAAUGCAAGGCCUACUAUGCGGCAGGUGAUGCAGUACCUUGAUGGCGACAUGCCAUUGCCAGAGAUGUCACCAACAUAUUUAAGCUUUCAGAUGAUGACUAUAAUGCAGAAUGAAGGAUUCGGCCAAUUCAUCAUGACGUAUCCUUCAUCAACAGCGAGUAUUGACAGCACAUCCGUCCUUAGAGUUGGGAGGUGA